AAAAACUUAUCUUCAUUGAAAUAGUAUCGAGUUGAGGGAUAUCUUGAUAAGUAGCUGUCGAUUCUUCAAUUUGUGAAAUAAUUAUUAACAGUGCAUAGAUUUUCGUUCAUCUCAUCAUGUCACAUCAAAAGUGUUUUCUUUUCAAAAAAAUGCUUUUUGCAUUUAUUUUAUUAGUUUUAAUAGAUCAAGGUUUAAGUUUGAAGUGUUAUGUUUGUGAUAGUGGAAAAGAUGGGAAUUGUGUAAAUAAAUUAGAUGAAUCACUUAAAAAAGAAUGUGAAGAACCAGCAACAACACCAGCAGAUACAACAACAACAGCAGCAACAACGGCAGCAACAACAGAAGCAACGACAGCAGCAACAACGGCAGCAUCAACAGAAGCAACGACAGCAGCAACAACGGCAGCAACGACAGAAGUAACGACAGAAGUAACGACAGAAGCAACGACAGAAGCAACGACAGCUGCAACAACGGCAGCAACAACGGCAGCAACAACGGCAGCACCAACGGCAGCACCAACGGCAGCACCAACGGCAGCACCAACGGCAGCACCAACGGCAGCACCAGCUGCAGCACCAACGGCAGCACCAACGGCAGCACCAGCUGCAGCACCAAAUCGAAGAAGGCGACAAUCUGAAUUGUCAUCAAGAGCCAACAAUGAUUUUAUCUGUUACAAAUAUGAGUACAAAGAUAACGACGAAGUUAAAACACAGAGAGGUUGCGUGAAAAAAGAAACUUUCGACUGUAAAGACAAGCAGGCAUGUACAACAUGUAGCGAAGAUGGUUGUAAUUCUGCAUCUACAGCUAAAUUAGGAAUCAUGACAAUUUUUGUACCAGUUAUACUUUUAGUUAUCACAUCCUUAAAUCGAUAGAUUAAUUACUUAAGAAAUUUAAUAGAUAUUUUAAUUUUUUCUUAAUAUCUGUGAAAAAUUUUCUCACGUACUUGAUUUUUCAAGAAAUGACAUGUGUGUAUAAAAUAAUUAAGUGAUCCUAAAUCAUAUUUAUAUAACAAUAAUAAUAAUUUUUAAAAUAAUUUA